AUGGCAUACGAUAAACCAGCAGAAAACCCUGUCAUUUUAAACCAUAGAGAUAUUGGUGCUGCAGGGUUCCAGACAAGCUUGCCGAACUCUGUUGAACGAAUGUGGAUGGUGGGCAGAGCUAUUAAUUUCGACUUUACUAACUAUAACAAGUUCUACAGCAACCCAGACAAAGGAACAAAGAAUAGAUACUUGAAGAACUUCAUGAGGUUCAUCGACUCUCCAAUCAACUAUGUAUUUUGGCAUACUCUUCCUUAUUGGCAAACUGGCAAAUUCAAGUUCCUCAUUGCUUGGUGGAUGGUGACAUAUGGAGGCGUGUUCAUUAUUAGUGGCAGACUCAGGACCCAAGCGGCAGCAAUGGAUGCAGGUGAGUCAACAUAUAAAGGGCAUACUAUGUGGGAAUUUCCAGUUGAAACAUAUUCUCAAAGCAAGAUGAUGACCUUCUACUUCCAUGACCACGAAUACAACGGAGAUAAAGGCAAAAUCAGCCAGAAAGCAGCACUUCCAAGCCAAAAGUUUUGCAGGCUGAACAACUAUGUUAGAGAUCAGAACUUUAGAAAAUAUUUCGCUCACAGAGAGCGUAGAGAAGUUGAUCCAUUCACUGGAGCACCAAAAAAAUAA